UUAAUUUCAAAUAUAUAAACUGAUAUGGUGAAAAACUUACUUUUAAAAGUACAAAAUUAUGGUGUCUUGUUAAGUGAAAAAUUGAUCUGAGUAGAACUAAAAAUGAAUACUAAUUCUCUUACUAAUCGAUCUAUGAAGGUUGUCCCUACACUAGAAGAAACGUUAAAAAGUAUUGGACUAAACAUAAAACUCGACGAAAAUGUACAAGCUUGGUUCAAUCAGCUGACAAUUACUUGGCUAACAUGGAAAAGAUCUCCCAGUCUUGAACAUCACUUACAAGUGUUUUUUGACACAAACCCUGAUCGGUAUAGAAUAGCACUUGUUUUUGUUGCAAAAUGUAAAGAUUCCAAAGAUUGUAAACCUAAAACACUCCCAUUUUUCAUAAUGGAAAAUUUACAUAAAUGGUCUUGUAAAAGUGAUACAUCACCUGAAGACUGCUUAAAAUUUCCAGCUUUUCGAAUUGCUACAGAACAAAGGAAUCAACAGUAUCUUAAUUUAAUUGUAAAAACAUAUAAAAUCAUAACAAUAAAGGAAACUAUUCUGCCACUUGUAAAAAACAUGUUAAAAAAUGACAAUUGUAAACAAGCUUCUCAAGUGGUUUUAGCAAUGGAGUUAUAUGAAGACAUACCAGUUGAAGAUUUACUGUUUCCACUCAUAAUCCAGGACAAAUGUAACAUGAUAAUUGAAUAUCUAUCAGAAUGUCCAAAUCAAGUGCUGCAAUUAGUACUUUUUUUAGACAAGAUCUUGGAUAAAAACGUCAGUAUACGUGACCUUGUACAAAAAUACAUUUAUGAGUAUAACAUUACUUGUGUUAAUUAUGAAAAAUUACAUCAUAAACCUCUUGGUAAGUUUGUGGGACGUUUAUGCAGCAAGUUUAAUAUCCCAAUCGAAACAUGUAAAAAUCUAUGCAGAAAUCGUACUCUUGGUGGAUUAAGAUACUUAAUACAUCAAAAAUAUGUAGAUCACAAUGUUAGCUUGACAGUAUGGGAUGAUUUAAUAAAAGAUACCUUGAAAGAAAAUUCUGAGCUAGCACUAGAAUUUGUUUAUAUGAUAGUAAAUCACGAUAAAAAGGAGGCUGCAAAGUGGUCUCAAUACUUCAACUUACCAGACACUGAUCUACCACAAUCACUAAAAAAGAUGUCUUUAGAUGCUGUCUCCUCCGUAGAGAAUGAGAAUUGGGAUGAUGAUGGCAAUGAAAACCCAAAUCAAAAUUUUUAUGAAAUAUCCUUGCCAGCAGAUAGAAUUAUUAUUAUAAACACACCUGAAAUGUUAUAUGAACUGACAAAUACAUAUUUAGUUGACUGUAAUUUGGUGAGCAUUGACAGUGAAUGGAAGCCAUCCUUUGGUGCUGCACAAUCACAUGUAGCAUUAAUACAAAUUGCUGUAGAGAACUAUGUUUAUUUAAUAGACACUUUGGCUCUUAAUAAGCCACAGUAUUCAAGUUUCUGGUAUGACUUCAAUAAAUCUCUGCUGGACAAUGCAGAAAUUAUAAAAUUAGGUUUUGGAUUAGAACAAGAUCUGAAACAAAUCAAAGGUUCUGUUGUAGGUUUAAAUAAUAUUAAAGUAAAAGGUGAAGGUUUACUUGAUUUAUCAACUUUGUGGAAAAAUCUCAUAAGUUCUGGUUUAAGCUUACAAAGCAGUAGUGGUACCGUUGGUAACAGUUUGAGCUCAUUGGUAGAAAUAUGUUUUGGUUAUCCUUUACGUAAAUCAGAACAGCGUUCUAACUGGGAAAUUAGACCUCUACGUGAUACACAAAUUCAAUAUGCUGCUAUUGAUGCACAUGUUCUUGUUGAACUGUAUAACUUCUUACAAGAGAAAUGUCUUGAACAAGACAUUAAUUUUGAAGAAAUAUGUAAUGACACAAUGAUAGAUAAGAAGACCAAAUGUGUUAAACAGCUAAAAUAUUCAGAAAAAACUCCAACUGGCUCUGCUAUAAAAGCAAAAUCAGUUGAUGAUGUGAAGUUUUUUGUAGAAGGAAAAUUAAUUAAUUAUAUGCCAUAUUUAAGGUAUUAUGGUAUUGAUACACUGCUUAUACCAGAAACAUUGUUAUGGCAUGAUGUAAUUAAUCAAGCUAUGUUUGAGAAUCGUUAUAUUUUAUUGGCUAAACUUAAGUGCACUCCCAUGAAAACUUACCCACAAAGUUCAAUUUUAGAUGUUGGUAAUGGUUAUGUCACUAAAGAGAAGCUCCAAAAAAUACAGAAUUAUUUUAACAUACAUAUAAAAGAAAGUGAUUUCACAAAACGUUGCAUAAAUUGUAAUGGCUUAGAUUUAGAAAAAUUGACUUCCGAUAAAGUGAGUAAAUUAUGUAGUCAGUAUCAGAAUGUUAGCAGUGUAUCGAGUAAUGUUAAUUAUACUGUUCCUACUGAUGAUGACUAUUACGAAAAAUGUGACAAGUAUCUCAGUGAUUCUGACGAUGAUGACAUUGUUUGUACACCAACACAUAAUUUAUGUGUUACAAGUACGGGAGUAGCCAUUCAAAUACAAAAUGUUCAAAAACUCUCUCAAUCGCCUCAAGCAGCAAUUAUUUGCAACUUUUGCGGUAGAUUGUUUUGGGAUGGUGAUGAUUUGUACAAAACAGUAAUGUCUGUUGCUAAUAGUAGUCUUAAGUGAAUAUUUAGUAUUGUGUAAAGGUACAAACUUACUGAAUUAAAUAUUUUAAGAUGUCAUGAUGACUUGUAGAGGAGUCUUAUUUAAUAAUAUGUAUAAUAUACAUUGUAUAUUAUGAAUUGACUGCAUUUCUGAAUUACAUUUGACUGGAAACCAUUGAUGAAUUCAAGUAAUACUUAUGUGUGUAUCUGUUUGGAUCAUCAAUGGUUUCUGUUUGGAUAGAUGCUCUAAUGGAUGUUAAAACAGACUUUAAAAAAAUACAUUUUUUUAUAAUAUUUGUAAAAUAAUGUGACACGCCGGGUAAGUUGAUUGCUCAGAUAAAAUUAAAUUAUAGAGUUCAAGGAGAGUCCCAAAUAUAUGAAGUUUUUUUCAAAACUGACUUCUUUUGUCAUUGACAUGACACCAAAACCGUUACAAGUUUUGUUAAUCUUGAUACUGUGAUGGCAGUUCGGGCCCUUCAUGGUUUUCUACUUACAGAAAAUUCCCUUUUUUCCUUGCAUUGAGUCAAAUUCUGUCUCUUCUUACAAAAUAAUCAAAGAAAUGAUUGUACAAUUGAUUAGUGUUUCCGCGUUGGCAUCUCAAUGUUUAACGAAACGUUCAAAUAACUGUCACUUUAAAGGGGGAAUACCGCUAGAUUCCCCGAUGGGACAUAUAUGUAUGGUAAAGUAACAAAAAAGUUUUUAUUUGUUUAAACUUCAUAUUUUUGGGGCCUUUACAGUGUUUAAUUUUUAUUUUCUGCCCCCCUUGAUAACUACGGGAUAACUGUAUACUAUGCAACUUUGUACAAAUAACCAUUAAAUUAAGAGCUCAAU